AUGGAUCCUUCUCGUGGUGAUGUCCCAAUGGCGCGCUUUGGGCAUAACACCUACAUGGGAAAUUUUACCGUCAUUCUUUUCGGUGGAGCCGUUGGAGAUACGGGCCGUUAUACAAUUACGAAUGACACAUAUAUGCUUGAUUUAUCGACGUUCGAAUGGUCAAAAGUCUCUGCGGAUAAUGCUCCUUCGGCUCGUGCUGCUCAUGCUGCUGCUUGCGUGGAUUCAAUGCAGUUUGUCGUUUAUGGGGGAGCGACCGGAGGUGGCUCUCUCUCUACUGAUGAGCUUUACCUACUCGAUCUCCGGAAAGAGCAUGCUUUGUCUUGGAUGUCUGUCCCAAUUACGGGUAUCACGCCAGGACGGCGAUACGGCCAUUCAAUGGCGUACCACAAGAUUUCUGAUGGACACCACCGAGCGAACUUGAUUGUUUUCGGAGGAAACGAUGGAACGCGUACUCUUGCUGAUAUCUGGUUCAUGGAUGUCCAAAAGUCUCCCUUCACGUGGAAUCAAGUCCAACUCCCUCCCGGGGCAAAACAACCGGCGCCCCGUUAUCAUUCCGCAGAAAUCUGCAAGGAGGGCCCCGCCUUUGGCAUGAUGGUCGUUUUCGGCGGUCGUACGACUGACAGUCGAUCCCUGAAGGAUGCAUGGGGACUACGCCAGCACCGCGAUGGUCGCUAUUGGGUGGAUGCUCCAGUCAAGAAGGGAGCGACGCCAGAGCCACGAUUUCAGCACAGCUGCGUUUUUCUUGGAAGCAAGGUCAUCGUUAUCGGCGGUCGCGACUCAGAUGUGUCAAAGCCUCUACCUACAGCUGUAUACGAUACAGAAGCCUGCGAGUGGCGAACCCUGCCUUCUGUCGGGCGUUUCCGUCAUUCGUCUUGGGCUUUAAACAACAUCAUUUAUACAUUCGGCGGCUUUGAUCAUCGAACUCAGUCUCACCCUACAGCAGAUCUGCAAUCCCUCAAUAUUUCUAUCGACCGGCUAGAGGAAGAAGGAAAGAAGAUCCGAGGCCACGCUCCCGCUCAGCAUCUCCAGCCAGUUCUCGAAAAUGAAGAAACACUCGCGGAUCGGGUUAUUCGGAGACUUCUGCGUCCCAAUAUCACCCCAAUGAGAAUAGACAUGGACUUCAAUGUCAAUGGACCAUUUUGUCUUUCUUGGGACGAUGUUUCUCAGUUGUGUAUCUCUACCUUGGCGUUGGUGAAGUGCGAGUCCAUGGUGCUCCAUCUUAGAGCGCCUAUCAAAGUUUAUGGUGACAUCCAUGGACAGUAUUAUGAUUUAAUGCGUCUGUUCGGGAGCUAUAAAUGCCCCGUAGACGAGUGGAGGGAGGAAAACGACCUCCCACCUGAGGGAGAAAUCCAAGGCGAUAUUGAUUCGAUGGAUUAUUUGUUUCUGGGAGAUUUCGUUGAUCGCGGUCGCCAGAGUUUAGAAGUCAUUUUGCUUUUAUUUGCGCUGAAGUGUCGUUAUCCGAAACAGAUUCAUUUGAUUCGGGGAAAUCAUGAAGACAAGGAUAAUGGCGCGUAUGGAUUUCAAGAUGAAUGUAGAAGACGGUUAAGAGAAGACCCAACACAUCACGAUUCAUGUUGGGAAAAGUUCAACAAAGUUUUUGAGUUUCUUCCUGUGGGAGCGCUUAUCGAAGAUCAUCUCUGCAUUCACGGCGGUAUUGGAGGAACUAUCAAUACUGUUGCUGACAUUCAAGAAUUAAGGAGACCGCUAUCAGUGACGCAAAUGCCCACUAAUGAGACGGAACAGAAAGUGACGGAUUUACUCUGGAGUGAUCCGACUGAGAAUGAUUCUGUAACAGGAGUUGUACCGAAUAACAGAGAUGCAGACGGGUCAGGGAGAAUCUACAAAUUCGGGCCGGAUAGAGUUGCCUCGUUUCCAAGCAAUAAACUAGAUCUGAUUAUCAGGGCUCAUGAAUGUGAUGAUGGUUUUGAGCGGUUUGCUGGGGGAAAAUUAAUCACUCUUUUCUCGGCGACCGAUUACUGACAUCGCAACGCAGGCGCCCUUCUCUUCAUCCGUAGGGACCUUACCGUCGUUCCGAAGAUCAUCUACCCCCAAGAUCGCGAACACCUUCACCUUAGAAACACUUGGUAG